CGUUGGAUACCGAGUCCACAGUUCCUCGCGAUAAUACAGAUUCAUCUCGCGAGAAAGUGACGUGAAGUGUAAUUUCGCGGGAGUUGUCUGUUUUUGUUCGCCUGGAGAAAAAUCCGAAAAUACAUCAAAGUACCACAUUUAAGACGGAAAAGCCAACCCCAGACCUACUUUUCUGCCAGGACCGUCAUGUUCUCAGACCUGAGUGCUCAGAGGGAGGGCUCCUCUCUGCUCUGCCGCCCAGCGUCGGAGGACCAGGGCCCGGUGUUUGAGAGGACCUCGCUGGACUACAGCCCCCGCACCGAGCGCUACCGAGUCGGAGACCGGAGCUUCAAUAGGCAGUAUGCUCACAUCUAUGCGGCACGACUCAUGGAGAUGAGACCCCUGCUGUCAGAGAGAGCCAAACACAAGUGGGGUCUAGAUGUGCACAUCAGGAAGCUGUGUGACCUGGAGACAGGGGAGCAGUGUUGCAUCGUAGGGACCCUGUUCAAGCGUAUGGACCUGCAGCCAUCUAUUCUGAAGGAGAUCAGUGAGGAGCACAACCUCCUGCCCCAGCCUGCGCGAAACAAAUACAUCACUGAAGCGGACGAGCUGAUUCUGGAGGACGAGCUGCAGAGGAUUAAACUAGAGGGCAAAAUUGACAGAGACAAGUGUGUCACAGGCAGCGUUAUCGCCAUCUUUGGAGCCGAGAAGAACGACGGCAAGUUCACCGUUGAGGACUUCUGCAUGGCCGACCUCCCUUCGCAGACGCCCAGACCUACGCUCAGCUGUGACAAGUUCGUGCUCCUGGCCUCAGGGCUCGGCCUAGGCAGCAGCAGGGCCGACAGCAUGCUGGGUCUGCAGCUGCUGGUCGACAUGGUAACCGGUCAGCUCGGUGACGAGGGGGAGCAGAGCGGGGCGGCGUCCAUUUCCAGGGUCCUGCUGGCUGGGAACCUGCUGAGCCAAAGCACCCAGGACAAAGAUGCAUCGACAAAGGCCAAGUAUCUUACUAAGAAGACUCAGGCCGGCAGCGUUGAAGCCAUCCGCCUGCUUGAUGAGCUGCUGCUUCAGCUGGUGGCCUCCGUUCCAGUGGACGUGAUGCCUGGGCAGUACGAUCCCACCAACUACACCCUCCCACAGCAACCCCUCCACAGAUGCAUGUUCCCUUUGUCCUCCGUGUACCCCACCCUGCAGCUGGUCUCCAAUCCGUACGGAGCCAACAUUGACGGAGUCAGGUUUUUAGGCACAUCGGGGCAGAACGUGUGCGACAUCAAGAAGUACAGCAGCAUGGACAGCCACCUGGACAUAUUAGAGGAGACACUGCGGCUCCGGCACCUGGCCCCCACGGCUCCUGAUACGCUAGGUUGCUACCCAUUUUAUCAAAGAGACCCGUUUAUCUUGGAGGAAUGUCCCCAUGUGUACUUCAGUGGCAACGCUCCAGUGUUUGAGUCUAAGCUCAUCCAAGGUUCUGACGGACAGGAAGUCCUUCUGGUGACCGUGCCAAACUUCAGCAGCACCCAGACUGCCUGCCUGGUCAACCUGCGCACCCUGCGGUGCGAGCCGGUUUUCUUCUCAGCCUUCUCCGCUGACGAAGAUGAAGAAAGUGAGAUGAACAUCAGUCAUUAGCAGGAGAACUGUUUCCAUCUCGGAUCAGCUGGACUAAGAGCUUUUUCUUUUUUUUUUUUACUGUUCAGGUCGAAGUUGUUAAAACUGGCAACCCAGUAACAGACUAGGCUCUAUUAAAACAAACGAACCAGACACGUGUUUAUUAGUUUUAUUAGGACCCACGUGUGCCUCUGAUGGUGCCGCCAUUGUGACCUGCUUUCCGCACAAUUAUGUGUCUUGUAAAAACUGUUUCCGACUUGAGUGACGACAGUGUAAAUAAUUCAGCUGUUUGUUUUCUUUUAAUUUGUGUUCUCAAUAAACAUCUUUUCACGAA